AAUACUAUUAUUAUGGCGCAGAAAUAAUGAUACUGCACUCAUCAGAUUCAUACUAAAUGCAUGCAUGCAUAGUACUAAAUUUCAUUUACCUAUGUUUAAUAUUAGUCCUUUUCCGCAUAUACAGAUAGAGGAAAACAAUAGGAAAUAUACUCACAAAUUGUCUAUACCAUCUAUAUGCACUAUACAGAUCGAUUAGUUGGAGCAUAAGAUCCUUGAAGCAGUGUUCAUAUGAUUAUUGGCUUUAUUUAUCAGCCAAAACUAGUGCACAAGUUUCAAUGGAGAAGUUUCUGAAUCCAUAUGACAAAGAAUACAUGAAGAUGACCAUGUUAAAGCAUGAGGAAACGUUUAGAGAGCAGAUUCGGGAACUUCAUCGUUUGUAUCAUAAACAGAAGAUACUAAUGACUGGUGUAGCGAAAAAUAGGCAAAAUAUGCACGAUUUUGAGUCUAUUUCCGAGCAAAUGAAUGGUCAUGGCGAUGUACAUAAGAAGGCACGACAGUAUCUCGACUUGGGACAGCCUGCUGAGAAUUUCGAAGAAGAAGACGAGAGUGAACUUGAGCUGACUUUAGGCCCAAAAAGUUAUUACCGGAAGAGGAAAGAUACGGAAACUCCAUUAGCAUCAGAUUCUGGGCCAAGUUUUUCUUCUUCUUCAAGCCGUAUAAAGUUUACAACAAGACAAGAAUUAUUAAAUCCUAGUUUCUUUAGUAUAAAGAAAAAUAGUUCUGAAGUCGAAGAGAAAUUGAGACAAGAUAUAUUAAAUCAUCAUCCUCGGCUUAUGCAGGUUUUAAGCUCGAACAUGACUUGAAAAAAUAAUAAAAAUCCCAUUCGGAGUCAGUAUGAUAACUUUUAUAGACUGAUUCCGUGAGUUCUAAUAUCAAUUCUAUGCUUAAGCUUGAUUAGAUUAA